AUGUCUAGUCCAGCUACACGAUCAGGGAGGCUGUUGUCCACGCAGCAUGAACAACCGGGAAGGGCAAAGUGGACAAUGUCCCUUACUAAGGUGCUAGUUGAUUUGAUGGUUGAUCAGAUUAAUCAGAUGAACAGUCAAAAGAUUUCGGUGGGUAACAAAUGGAAGUAUAUGUGUGAUGAGUUUUACAGGAGAACUGGCUUGAGAUGGGAUAGAGAGCAGCUCAAGUAUCGAUGUUCCGUCUUGAAGAAGAUGUAUGCUACUGUCAAGUCACUUCUUGAUCAACAGGGCUUCUGUUGGGAUGAAAAUACUGGUGCUAUUACAGCUGAAGAUAAAGCAUGGGAUCAGUACAUUAAGGAACAUCCUGAUGCUGAUACUUUGAGAGCCACUGGCUGUCCAAUCUAUAAGCAAUUAUGCAUAUUAUUUUCCGAAUCUGUCAAAACUGAAAAGAGUAAUGGACUAGCUGAAAAAGGAGGUCUGGAUCCAGUGAGCAACGUUACAGAGGACUGCUCAGCAGAAUCAGAGGAAGUGGCUUGUGUGGCGAAUGAGAAAGAGAAGUCUCUAUGUGUUGAAACCCCUAACCAAAUCAACCAUAAGAGAGGACGGAAGGGGCUUGAGGAUGUUAUGGCUGAUGCAAUAUUCGAGAUGGCAGCUGCAUCAAGAAUGAGGGCAGAAGCAAUUCAGCAACGCAGUCAGAGAUAUACCAUAUCCGAGUGUGUAAAUGCUUUGGAUGAGUUGGGUGACAUUGAUAAACAGGUCUACUUUGGUGCUCUUGAUCUUUUUAAUAAUCCAGGAGCAAGGGAGAUGUUUUUGUCACUGAAAGCUGAUAAGCGACUGAUGUGGUUACAGGGUAAGUGCAAAGUAUCCUCUAGUUCAUAA